GUGCCAAUCAUGUUUCUUGUGGGUGGACAACCUGACAUUGGCGAUGAUUAAUUGAAUUGGGUUGUUGCCUGUGUGACGAGAUGGGUUCAUUUCUUGAUGUUUUUAGGAGGGAGCUACCUACUACCACUUGCAUUACUCACCUCAACAGGAGAUUAUUCCAUUCUUCUCUUUCCCGCAGUGUUGGUGAACGGUUGGUCCGUGCGAGUGAGUGAUUUGCAAGCCGGGAUCAUAUUGGCAUUGUCCUUUUGCAUCUGGUUACUUUCUUUGCUAUUUACUCGAUGGCAUAUAUUUCUCGAUGCCUCUGUGUAUCAUAUUCAGAUACGGUGGAUUCAGACCUCAGGUGGGCGGCAUCAACGUUCUCAUUCAAUGGUCUCAACCUCGUAUGAUCAAUCCAACAUCAUAAGCAGACAUCAGAGGUUUGUCGUCUUUAUGCUUGAUAAGACGAAUCCUGAAUCAAGGCCUCUUCUCGGGUUUCAAUUAACAUACAUUAUUAGUCAAGUGACAUGUGCUCUUCGGGGGAUGCAUCGCUCUUCUCUUCCAAAACCGACAACAUAAUUUAUCGGGAUCAACAGGCUCUUUCUCAGGUCCCAAAUUACAUUCGUUGUCCAGCAAGUGGUGCGGUCUCUGCGAGAGAUGACCGGACGAGUGAAAAUUGCGUGUAGGGGAAGGUCAAGUCGAUAAACAA